UUUACUUGUGUUUAACAUAAGUAUUUAUAAGUAUUUGUUGAAGAAAAGAAGAGAAAUCGGGCAAAUACCUCCAGAAUGAGAGCUUGAUCAUAAAACAUUGCGAUGAACGACUUUUUGGACCAAGAGAAUGACGUUCUGCCCAUAAUUUGAGUAUAACGUAUUCUAUAGAACUCGAAAUCACUCGAUUCGAGUUUCAUGUGAAUGCUAACUCAAUAAGGUACAAAUGUUAUGAAGACGUCAUGACCAAAAUAUGAAAGGAACAAGACUCAAUCAACCAACAAAGUCAGAUGUUGCUGGUGGGAUUUCAGGAUGCAUACCUCUCAGUGUUUUAUCCAUAUCUCUUGAUUGGCUGAAUAAAAUCAUGUCAUUCAAGUUUUGUUGGAUAGAAGACUUCAUUAUCUACAACUUUGGUGAAGGAAUCAUGUCCAAAUUCGUAGCGGAACAUCCCCAAAAUCCCAGGACAAAACCGGCACCGGAAUUUGCACCAAACCGGCGCCCGUUUGUUGAUUUUCACAUGUACACAAACCAGUAGCUUACCCGGCGCCGGGUAGGCCUUAUACCCGGCGCCGGGUAGGCCAAAAUUUCAGAUUUCCCUGCGCACAAUGAAGAACCGGCGCCGGGUAGGCCUGAACCCGGCGCCGGGUAGGUCUGAUCCUGCAAAUACAAAAGAACGUGCUGAAAUAUUUUGAUGGAAAAAACUCACCUUCCUCAUGAGCUAAUCAAAUAUAUCUUCCAUGCUUGAUUGUUGGGCUCGAAUAGACUAAAAGAUGUCAAUCUUUAGCCUAUAUAAAGCCCCCAAUUCAUCAAACAAGAUCAUCAAUCCAUCCUUGAAGCUUAAAUUUCAGUUUUUAUAUUUUAUUUUUGCAUUCUCUUGAAGUGUUGGAGAAGAAGCCAUUUCUCUCCUCUACAAUUGGUUCUAGGUAUUAUUUCUUGUAUGUUAUUGUAUUUCCUUUAUCUUAGUUACACUUUUGUAAUUAAUAUGAGCAUUAGAGGCUAAGUUCUUAGCUAAGGCUAGGGAUGAACUUCUAUGCCCAUUAGGUGUUUGAUAAAAGUUCUAAACCAAUAAAUUGUGAUUUAUCCUUUACAUUUUGAUUGUUUAUGACUAUGGUGUACAACAUAGAAGUAUGUUAAACUUAGUUUAUGCUUGCAAUUAACGUUGAAGUCUAAACUAUGAACAUUAAAGGAUAAACAUAUAUAUUACCGAGAAUAGAAAUAUAUCCGGUAUUAUAUGAUACGGGUGUGAUGUUUUGAUAUUCAACGGGGUUUUCGGUAGAUGAAUGUAAGCCGUAACGGGACUUACACGUAACGAAAACCACGCUCUCGCUGCCUUAACCGGAGUUGAGAAUAUAUUAGCGACAUCGUAUUCAUAAUUAUUGGUAAAGAACUAAUAUUCAACCCUAUUAAAGCAUUUAAGUGAUUCCCGAAGCCUUAGUUGUUGUUAUCAAUCACUUUAAUCAAAUUAAUUUUAGUUAUAUCUCUGAAAAUUAAAAAGAAGAAUCAAGUUGUUUUUACAACAACACACAACUCAAAAUCUCUGCACUUUACUCAUUUAUUUAUUUAAAGUCAUCUACUCUCGGACUAAAUUAAACAACGUUUCCCUGUGGAUUCGACCCGGUAUUUUACCGGAAUUUAUUACUAUAUCGGCACUUGUACACUUGCAAGUUUAGCCCGGUCAAGUUUUUGGCGCCGUUGCCGGGGAAACGGUCUUGUUUAAUAAAGUCCAAACAAUCAACCAAUCAAAAAUCCUGAAUUUAUUUUUCACAACUUCACUUGAUCUUGGAAGGAUUUUUUUUUCUUGUGUAGAUAUUCCCUUGUGUUUGCAUGCAAUUGACAGGUCAAGGUUCUAAAAUUCUUGAACCACUUGAUCUUGAAAUAGAAAAAACUUGCAAACACAUUCGAAGAGAGCAAAAAGCUACAAAGAUGUUGCCAACUUUGAAUGAGAGGAAGAGACCCGUGGUGGCCGCUACACCAUCUUGCAUCACCUUGAGCGAGGAAGCAAGAGACUAUGAGCUAAGGCAAAGCUACUUCAACGCUAUGCCUCAGUUUCAUGGUUUGCUUGGGGAAAAUCCACUCAACUUCAUCACGGAGUUCUACGGAUUCAUUCAAGGAAUCCCUAGAAAUGGCUUGGCGGAGGAUCAACUCAAGCUCAAAUGCUUCCCCUAUACUCUCAAAGGGGCGGCAAGAGGAUGGUUCCUAGAGCAAGCUCCGGCAAGCUACACAACAUGGGAAGGUAUAUACAAUGCCUUCAUGUCUAAGUACUACACGCCCACCAUGACUCAAGAGCUUAGACAAAGCAUUUUCAAUUUCAAACAACAAAAUGGUGAGCUCUUUCAAGACGCAUGGCGGCGUUUCAAAUCAUUGCUAAGGGAAUGCCCACAUCACCGCAUUCCCCUAGACCUUCAAAUUGACACGUUCUACAAUGGUUUGAAUGCACCUUGUCAAGCCAUUGUGGACAACCGAGCCGAGGGCUACAUUGGAAAUAAAAAUGAAACAGAGGCGCUCCAAAUCAUUGAAUCUAUUGCCUCAAAUCCUCAACUUCAAGGAGGCGAUUACAAAGUGGUCGGGAUUAAUGAAAUCUCUAUCACGACGGAGAUAAACAAAAGGCUUGAAGAAAUGGAGUCAAAGAUUGAGCAAAAAUUCCAAACGGCUCUACAAGCCGUAUUGGGAGGAGUCAAGCAAAUAGCCAACGUGGAGAGCAUACCAAGCCCGGAAAGUGAUUUAUCUCAACAUCUUGAAGAUGUAAAUUAUAUGAACUCUUAUGGGAAUCGGGGGAACAAUAAUUAUUCUAAUCAACAAAGGUGGAAGCCACAAGCAAGUUCCUCACAACCCCAAUCAGGAGCACCUAAUUUUGGGCAAUCCAAGGAGACCACCAUGGAGGAUAUGAUGCAAUUCAUGUCCAAAAGCAUGGCAAGCAUGAAGGCCCAAAAUGAAGAGAACCAUAGUAGAGUGGAGGCAUCCAUUGGGAAUCUCCACUCUCAAUUCAACAAGUUGGAUCUUCGCUUUGAAGAUCAAAAUAUAAAGCUCAACCAACGCAUCGACACCAUUGAGCAAUAUACCAAGGCGUCCAUCCAAAAUCUUGAAGUUCAAUUGGGACAACUCGCCCAAAAAGUGAGUUCUAGAGAGCAAGGUAAAUUCCCUACAACUACGGAGGUAAACCCGAGGGAGAGCGUCAUGGCCAUUACCACAAGAAGCGGGAGGGAAACGGAGGAUCCCAAGAUGCCGGAGAGAAGAAUGACACUGGAGGAACAAGAAGAGGUUUCACAUACACCGUUGCAACCUAUUAUGCCUAAAUAUGUUCCUCCCAUCCCCUAUCCACAAAAGUUGAAGAAGAAAGGAGAUGAGAAGAAACACAAGAAAAUUCUUGAUAUUUUCAAGAAAUUGAGCAUCAACAUACCUUUUGCGGAGGCCAUUGCGGAGAUUCCAUCGUACGGAAAAUUUCUCAAAGGCAUCAUCUCCAACAAAAAGAAGUUAGAGGAAUUCGCAACCGUGGCACUAACGGAGGAAUGUAGUGCCAUUAUUCAAAACAAACUUCCUCCAAAACUAAAAGACCCCGGAAGCUUCACUAUUCCAUGCUCUAUCGGAAAAGUCGGGGAGGUAAAGUCUCUUUGUGACCUUGGCGCUAGCAUAAAUCUCAUGCCCCACUCCCUAUUUAAAAAGCUAAGUGUGGGGGAACUCCAACCAACAACGGUUGCUUUGCAAUUAGCGGAUAGAACAAUCCGCUAUCCGAUAGGCAUCAUGGAGGACGUCCUUGUCAAAGUAGGAAAAUUCUACUUUCCGGUAGAUUUUCUUGUUUUAGACAUGGAAGAGAUGGAGGUUCCCGUCAUCCUUGGGAGAUCAUUUUUGGCCACUUCCGCAGCCGUCAUUGAUGUGCAAGCAGGCACUGUAAAGCUAAGAGUGGGAGGAGACGAUGAAACAUUCAAUGUAUGGAAAACACAAUCCAUACCAACUCAAAACAUGGAGGUCAACACAAAUCCUUCCAUCCCUCCAACACACCACGGGAAUGAAAAGAAUGGACGGACAACUCCAUGGCCUCCCCACGAUCUCAAAAAGGUAACAUUGGUCAAACGUCUUCAAGAGCCCAAUCACACGUGAGAGGUACGUUGCGUCCGGCCUAUGACGUUAAACUAAGCGCUAAUUGGGAGGCAACCCAACAAAUUCAAUUAUAAAUAAAUAUGUUUAGUUAAAUACAUAUUCAUAUUUAUUUAUAAUUGAAACCCAAAAAAAACAAAAAAAAAACAAAAACAAAACAAAAGCAAAAAAAAAAAGCAUCAUCUAAACUCAUGUAUUGUGCAUCUCCUACUCUCACAAGACGGCCCAUUCCGCUAUUGAAUAUUUCAUCCUCCAUUGCAUCCGCCAAUGUACAUUGAGGACAAUGUAACUCAAGUGUGGGGGUGUAUCUCAUGGUUAGUUAAACAAAUUUUGUGUGCAAAAUAUUUUUUUAGGAAGGUAAAAGUUCUGAUAAUUCUCUUUUUAACGGGUAUUUGGUUGAGAAAGUUUUUUUUUUAAUUACUUACAAAAACCUAUCAUUUUUUUAGACUACUUUUACUCUUGAAAACCAUUCCCAAAAUAAACCUUGUGACUAGGAAACAUCAUCUUCUUCCAUGUCCAAAAAUGGUUUAAGUACAUCUCAAAUAUUCAAGAACCAUUUUGGAAAACAAGCCACCCUCAUGUCUCAUCAAAUAAAUUGGGAUCAUCAAAAUGACUUUCAGAAAAUACUUGUUGAGAACCAAUUCAAAUGAGUUAUAAAAAAAACCUCAUGGUCUCUCCCAAGAACUCCAAUUGAUCCAAUUCUAUACUGAAAAGUCAAAUACACCAAAAAGCCAUUCUACACACCCAAAAAGUCUUAGUCACAAUCCACUCAUCUACUCUCAAGUGUAUAAGUAAUUUUUCUAAAUCUAAUGAUAGUUUUGUGUGUCUAAUAGAAAUUUGGUUUUGGACCGAGAAUGAUAAAGGAGUUUACAUAAUUUUAUACCUCCCUUAAAAAUAAAAUUAUUUUUGUGCAUAUAUUUUUGUUGAAACUAACCAAGGCAUCCAAGGUGAAGAAAUUGCUCGAGGACGAGCAAUGCUCAAGUGUGGGGGGAUUUGAUAGCCGUUAUAUUUACUUGUGUUUAACAUAAGUAUUUAUAAGUAUUUGUUUAAGAAAAGAAGAGAAAUCGGGCAAAUACCUCCAGAAUGAGAGCUUGAUCAUAAAACAUUGCGAUGAACGACUUUUUGGACCAAGAGAAUGACGUUCUGCCCAUAAUUUGAGUAUAACGUAUUCUAUAGAACUCGAAAUCACUCGAUUCGAGUUUCAUGUGAAUGCUAACUCAAUAAGGUACAAAUGUUAUGAAGACGUCAUGACCAAAAUAUGAAAGGAACAAGACUCAAUCAACCAACAAAGUCAGAUGUUGCUGGUGGGAUUUCAGGAUGCAUACCUCUCAGUGUUUUAUCCAUAUCUCUUGAUUGGCUGAAUAAAAUCAUGUCAUUCAAGUUUUGUUGGAUAGAAGACUUCAUUAUCUACAACUUUGGUGAAGGAAUCAUGUCCAAAUUCGUAGCGGAACAUCCCCAAAAUCCUAGGACAAAACCGGCACCGGAAUUUGCACCAAACCGGCGCCCGUUUGUUGAUUUUCACAUGUACACAAACCAGUAGCUUACCCGGCGCCGGGUAGGCCUUAUACCCGGCGCCGGGUAGGCCAAAAUUUCAGAUUUCCCUGCGCACAAUGAAGAACCGGCGCCGGGUAGGCCUGAACCCGGCGCCGGGUAGGUCUGAUCCUGCAAAUACAAAAGAACGUGCUGAAAUAUUUUGAUGGAAAAAACUCACCUUCCUCAUGAGCUAAUCAAAUAUAUCUUCCAUGCUUGAUUGUUGGGCUCGAAUAGACUAAAAGAUGUCAAUCUUUAGCCUAUAUAAAGCCCCCAAUUCAUCAAACAAGAUCAUCAAUCCAUCCUUGAAGCUUAAAUUUCAGUUUUUAUAUUUUAUUUUUGCAUUCUCUUGAAGUGUUGGAGAAGAAGCCAUUUCUCUCCUCUACAAUUGGUUCUAGGUAUUAUUUCUUGUAUGUUAUUGUAUUUCCUUUAUCUUAGUUACACUUUUGUAAUUAAUAUGAGCAUUAGAGGCUAAGUUCUUAGCUAAGGCUAGGGAUGAACUUCUAUGCCCAUUAGGUGUUUGAUAAAAGUUCUAAACCAAUAAAUUGUGAUUUAUCCUUUACAUUUUGAUUGUUUAUGACUAUGGUGUACAACAUAGAAGUAUGUUAAACUUAGUUUAUGCUUGCAAUUAACGUUGAAGUCUAAACUAUGAACAUUAAAGGAUAAACAUAUAUAUUACCGAGAAUAGAAAUAUAUCCGGUAUUAUAUGAUACGGGUGUGAUGUUUUGAUAUUCAACGGGGUUUUCGGUAGAUGAAUGUAAGCCGUAACGGGACUUACACGUAACGAAAACCACGCUCUCGCUGCCUUAACCGGAGUUGAGAAUAUAUUAGCGACAUCGUAUUCAUAAUUAUUGGUAAAGAACUAAUAUUCAACCCUAUUAAAGCAUUUAAGUGAUUCCCGAAGCCUUAGUUGUUGUUAUCAAUCACUUUAAUCAAAUUAAUUUUAGUUAUAUCUCUGAAAAUUAAAAAGAAGAAUCAAGUUGUUUUUACAACAACACACAACUCAAAAUCUCUGCACUUUACUCAUUUAUUUAUUUAAAGUCAUCUACUCUCGGACUAAAUUAAACAACGUUUCCCUGUGGAUUCGACCCGGUAUUUUACCGGAAUUUAUUACUAUAUCGGCACUUGUACACUUGCAAGUUUAGCCCGGUCAGUAACUUUGAACAAGGAGGAAGAUAAUUGUUUACUUCCAAAUUCCAACCUAGUUUUAUUUUAUGCUAUUAAGUCCAAAAUUUACGUGUAAUGAUGUUUGUAGCUCACAAUCAAAGUCUAUUUUAAAAUCAGUUAUACUUAUAUGUAGCAUGGAUUUUUGAUAUCAUUAAUUAUAAUUAAGAAUCGGAAGUGGUCAAUACAAAAACGAAUGAUCUAAGUAGAAGAACAUGGAAUUGAAACAUGAAGGUUUAGCGUAAUUCAUUAUCCUAACUUUAAUUUCUAUUUGAA